AUGCUACGUCGCAUAUGGGCUUUGAGAGGUUUGAAUGUCGAGGGAGCUACUCAUUACCCAAAGUUUUGGCAUCGUUGCCUCUCUAGUCCUGCUAAAACACUUGAUGAAGAAGACCACAGGGAGGCAAGGACAUGGCUUACAAGAUUCGAUGCAAACACGAUCCCGAAGACCGUUUGCGAGGUCACUUUCAGCCGGUCAUCAGGCCCGGGUGGGCAAAAUGUGAACAAAGUAAACUCCAAAGCGACAUUGCGCAUUCAUACAAAAGACUUCAUGCACUUAGUCCCUAAGAUACUGCAUCCCGAUAUUGAAGCAUCCAGAUACUACGCCAAAAACUCGAAGUCUUUGGUCAUUCAGGGAGAUGGAAGCCGGGAUCGGACAAGUAAUAUCCAGGAAUGCUACAAAAAAUUACAUGCUCUGAUUAUAGCGGCUGGAAGGAGUUCCGUCAGAGGCGAGACUUCGCCAGCGCAGGUAGAGAAGGUCAAGAAUCUGCAGCGGAAAGAAAACGAUAUCCGACUGCUGUCUAAGAAGACGCACGGAAAUAAGAAAGCCGCUCGCAAAGGGUUUUCAAAGAAGUCAAAUUAUUGA